AUAAAGCCUGGGGCGGGGGACGCAACACGUUAGGAAGGAGCCCUGUUGGGGCUGUACGGUCUGACAGACCUCACAGGCUCAGCUGGGGCUCUGCACUGUCAUGCCCGGGAGCCCCCGGCCCGCGCCGAGCUGGGCGCUGUUGCUGCGGCUGCUGGCGUUGCUGCGGCCCCCUGGGCUGGGCGAGGCGUGCAGCUGCGCCCCUGCACACCCUCAGCAGCACAUCUGCCACUCAGCACUGGUGAUUCGGGCCAAAAUCUCCAGUGAGAAGGUAGUUCCUGCCAGUGCAGACCCUGCUGACACUGAAAAAAUGCUCCGGUAUGAAAUCAAACAGAUAAAGAUGUUCAAAGGGUUUGAGAAAGUCAAGGAUGUUCAGUAUAUCUAUACGCCUUUUGACUCUUCCCUUUGUGGUGUGAAACUAGAGGCCAACAGCCAGAAGCAGUAUCUCUUGACUGGUCAGGUCCUCAGUGAUGGAAAAGUCUUCAUCCAUCUGUGCAACUACAUCGAGCCCUGGGAGGACCUGUCCUUGGUGCAGAGGGAAAGUCUGAAUCAUCACUACCAUUUGAACUGUGCCUGCCAAAUCACCACCUGCUAUACAGUGCCCUGUACCAUCUCAGCCCCUAACGAAUGCCUCUGGACAGACUGGCUGUUGGAACAAAAGCUCUAUGGGUACCAGGCUCAGCAUUAUGUCUGUAUGAAGCAUGUUGAUGGCACCUGCAGCUGGUACCGGGGCCACCUGCUUCUAAGGAAGGAGUUUGUUGACAUCAUCCAGCCCUAGUAGGGACCAGUGACUACUACAUCCCUUCAAGAGUCCUGAAGAUCAAGCCAGUUCUCUGUUCCUGUGGAGCUUUGGCCAUCACCACCUCACCCCUUGCUGCCAGCUAAUACAAAGUGCCAAGUGGA